UGGAAGAUGGGGGCAGUGCUAGAGUUGUGAGAAGAGUGCUCGGUGUACAGUAGUGUGAAAGACGUUCAGACACCGUCACCUCCUAGAGAAUCACAGGGUUGUUGAAGCCGUCGCCACUCCCUUCCGCGGGAGUUUCCACGGAGAUUUGACGUGCGCAUUGAAGCAUCUUCGUCCCGUCUAAAGGAUUAGUCAUACCCUGGAAGACUGCAUGUUCAGGUACACUCGACCAUUACAUAGCAUAGAGGGCAAGCGGAACUUUUAUGUCUUUUGCGGGACAAUAAAUGUUCGCGUUGUUGGGUUUAUGGUAGUGCCUGAUUCUGCUAUUUUGAGCGUAAGGCUGCACGUCCCGAUACGGAGUUUUGAUUGAUUUAUAUUCCCGACAUCCCGCCAUCAUCAUUCUACCCUUUUCGCCCUUUCGUGACAUGGAAAGACAGUGAUUGCAACGACUUUCGCAGACUCGUUCCCGCCGAGGGACGAAUGUCUUCAAGUAUUGAGGACUGAUGCCACCCAGGCGCUCGCAUAAUAAAUCUCGCAAUGGUUGCAUGCAAUGCAAGCAGAGACGAGUCAAGGUAAAGCGUCCUUACUCCGCAACCUUACGCGUCGAUCCCCAUACUUUCACGAAGGUUAAGAUUAACCUUGUAUCUCUCACACAGUGCAACGAGAAAGGCCCGAUCUGCCAGAACUGUGUGAAACGCGAGUUACAAUGCUCCUUCAUUGGAGGAGUCACACCAGAUCGCGAAGCCACGAGCGCGACGAGUCAUGAGAUCACUACAAGUCCUGCAUCAACUGUUCAUCUAUGGACAAGUCGUCCUAGAUCGGAACCAUCGUCCCAAUUGACCCCGGCAGUGACUCCGGUCUACAAAGAUCCAAGCGAUCCUGUCGUCAAACAGUCCGACAGGAUUCUCGAACUCGAGCUCAUGCACCAUUACUCGACUUCAGCAUACAUCAGCUGCAUCGGUUUACGAGCCACCGAGACCAUCGAAGUCUGGCAAAGCUUUGUCCCCAGCGAAUCACUCAAGCACGAAUUCCUCCUGAACGGCAUCCUAGCGUUCGCGGCAUUGCAUAUCGCCAAAUUGACGCGACAACCCGAUUUCAAGGCCAAGAGCAACAGCACCGGAUCAUUCUUGUCCUCGUCAUCGUUCUACUUUCAGAAAGCCGUCGAGUAUCAAAACCUGGCAUUCGAAUCCUUUCAUGGCGUCCUCCAGAACGUGACACCAGACAAUUGCAGUGCCGUGUUUGGAUUUUCGAUCUUGACGAUGCUCUUCGCCAUUGCCAUUCCCGGGAUCGAAGACGGCUCCCAGGGCGGAGGCCCUAACCUCAAUUCGAUGCAGAGUAUAUUCACCUUGUUCGAGUACUUGAGGGGCCUAGCAUCCAUCAUCGAAGUCAGCAAAGACUGGCUAGCGUCUGGGCCGUUUCGAGUCGUUCUAGGCACAUUCGACGAUUACACAACCGACAAUUGGCGCAUAACCAACGCCGAUGCCGCGCAAGCGCUGAACAGGCUUACCAUUCUGAACGACGAGUUUAACGCCUCCAGCAGCGCCACGGAGCUGUCCAAGUUCGCCACGAAUAAACGUGCUAUAUCGCUUCUCGAAUUUUGCUAUGCUAAGCAGAACUUUCCCCCUGCGUUGACAGAUGAGACCCUAGCACAAACAGCCAAGGACUCUUCAGACAUCUACAGAGGCCAUAUAGUCGGUUGGUUGGGCAUGGCAGGUGGAGAUUUUGUGUCCCAACUCCGCCAGAGUGACUCCCUGUCGCUGCUGAUCUUCGUGCACUGGGCGAUCCUGCUGGGCAAUCUCGAGAAUUUCUGGUGGUCACAUAACUCGGGGAAAGUGCUUGUCGCGGAGAUCGCUGGUGUAUUGCAUACGAGAGGCGAGGAGUGGGAGGAGAGAACGAGAUGGGCUCGCGGAAAGGUUGGACUACUUUAGGGAAUGUAUUUGUUUUUCUUCCACUGAAUAGAGGGUCUUCCAUUGAGAUCUACUCAAAAUAAUCAAGUCUUCAAGCGCUGCAACCAGAUAGCCUGGCCGGGUAUCGUAAAUGCAUCCAUCCCCAUAGAAAUCUCUAAAUGCCGCCGAUGGCAAUAGCAAUGUUGUUGACAAUCGUAAAGUGAUUCGACAAAUGACAA